AUGAAAAGUUCAUCAAAACAAUUUGCAUCAAAUCAAUCAUCUCGUCGUAAUCGAAUUGAUGAAGCACGUGAAUUAUUAGCACAUAUUAUAUUAGCUCAUGUACCAGUCAUUGAAUAUAAUUAUAAAUUAAAAGCUGUUUAUACAGCUUCAAUGGUACGACGUGUUAUACAAGCCCAAUUAUGUCUUGUUAAUAUUGAUGAUCGAGAUUAUUAUGGAAAUAAACGUUUAGAAUUAGCUGGACAAUUAAUUGCUCUUCUAUUUGAAGAUCUUUUUAAAAGAUUUAAUACAGAAUUACAAAAAAUUGCUAAUAAAAUAAUUCCACGUCAACGAGCACAACAAUUCGAUGUUACUAAACAUAUUCGACCAGAUAUAAUAACAAAUGGUCUUGUUAUAGCUAUAUCAACUGGUAAUUGGACAAUAAAACGUUUUAAAAUGGAACGACAUGGUGUAACACAUGUACUUUCAAGACUUUCAUAUGUUGCCGGUAUUGGUAUGAUGACAAUGAUAACAAGUCAAUUUGAAAAAACUCGUAAAGUAUCUGGUCCUCGUUCUCUUCAACCAUCACAAUGGGGAAUGUUAUGUCCAUCGGAUACACCCGAAGGUGAAGGUUGUGGUCUUGUGAAAAAUCUUGCUUUAAUGACACAUAUAACAACAGAUAUUGAAGAAAAACCUUUAAUACGUUUAGCACAAAAUCUUGGUAUUGAAGAUAUAACUAUGAUGAAUGGAGAAGAAAUCUAUGCUGAUAAUAUGUAUAUUGUUAUGCUUAAUGGUAAUAUAAUUGGUGCAACAAAUAAACCAAGAAAAUUAAUUGAUUCUAUUAGAUUUUUACGACGCAAAGGUUAUUUAAAUGAAUUUAUAUCAGUAUAUACAUUAAAAAAACAACGUGUUAUUAAUAUAUCAUCGGAUAGUGGAAGAUUAUGUCGACCAUAUAUUAUUGUUAUUAAAGGUCAACCAAAAGUCACUAAUCAACAUAUACAAGAGCUUGCACUUGGACAAAAAACAUUUAUUGAUUUCCUUCAACAAGGUCUUGUUGAAUAUCUUGAUGUUAAUGAAGAAGGUGAUUCAAAUAUAGCUGUUUAUGAAAAAGAUAUUAAUAAAGAAACAACUCAUCUAGAAAUCGAACCAUUUACUUUAUUAGGUGCAUGUGCUGGUCUCAUUCCAUAUCCACAUCAUAAUCAAUCACCACGUAAUACAUAUCAAUGUGCUAUGGGUAAACAAGCUAUUUUAACAGUCAUAUUUUAUACCAAUGUUUUUUUUUUCAGGGGUGCUAUUGGUUAUAAUCAAUCACAACGUUGUGAUACAUUAUUAUAUUUACUUGUUUAUCCACAACGUCAUAUGGUUAAAACACGAACAAUUGAAUUAAUUAAUCUUGAAAAACUUCCAGCUGGUCAAAAUGCUAUUGUUGCUGUAAUGAGUUAUUCCGGUUAUGAUAUUGAAGAUGCACUUAUACUUAAUAAAUCAUCAUUAGAUCGAGGUUUUGGACGAUGUAUUGUUUAUAAAAAACAAGUUGUUGCUAUGAAACGUUAUCCAAAUCAAACAUGUGAUAAAAUAAAAGGUCCAUUAAUUAAUAUUGAAACAAAAAAACCUAAAUGGGAACAUGAAGUACUCGAUAUGGAUGGUAUUGUUGGUGUUGGAGAAAUAGUUGAUAAUAAACAAGUACUUGUAAAUAAAUAUACACCUAGUUCAACAACAAUGACAUUAGCUGAACAACAAACUUCAGCUGGAACAACAACAAAUGUUUUUGCUGAACAUGAAGAUAAAGAAACACCUUUAAUUUAUCGUAAUCCAGUUCCAGCUUGUAUUGAAAAAGUUAUGUUAACAAGUAAUCAUGAAGAUAUGUUUAUUGUUAAAUUAUUAACACGACAAACACGUCGUCCUGAAAUAGGAGAUAAAUUUAGUUCACGUCAUGGACAAAAAGGUGUUUGUGGUUUAAUUGUACAACAAGAAGAUAUGCCAUUUAAUGAUUAUGGUAUGUGUCCAGAUAUAAUUAUGAAUCCACAUGGAUAUCCAAGUCGAAUGACAAUUGGAAAAUUAAUUGAAUUAUUAGGUGGAAAAGCUGGAGUUUUAGAAGGGAAAUUUCAUUAUGGUACAGCAUUUGGCGGUGAUAAAAUUGCUGAUUUAUCAAAAGUAUUGAUUGAGAAAGGUUUUAAUUAUUUGGGUAAAGAUAUGUUAACAUCGGGUUUAACCGGUGAACCAUUACAAUCAUAUAUUUUCUUUGGACCUAUUUUUUAUCAAAAACUUAAACAUAUGGUUCAAGAUAAAAUGCAUGCAAGAGCACGUGGUCCUCGAUCAGUUUUAACUCGACAACCAACUGAAGGUCGAUCACGUGAUGGGGGUCUUCGACUUGGUGAAAUGGAACGUGAUUGUCUAAUCGGUUAUGGUGCAAGUAUGCUUAUACUUGAACGUUUAAUGAUAUCGAGUGAUCAAUUUCAAGUUGAUGUAUGUAAUCAAUGUGGUUUAUUUGGCUAUAAUGGAUGGUGUCAAUUUUGCAAAUCAUCAUCAGAUGUGGCAACUAUAAAAAUUCCUUAUGCUUGCAAAUUACUUUUUCAGGAAUUACAAUCUAUGAAUAUUGUACCACGAAUUUCAUUAAAAACACAAAUUUAA